CACCUUACUUUGCCGAACCGAAACCGAAAAGUAUGUCCGGGUGCGAAGUUGGUCGCAAUCGCAACGUGAAUAAAUUGUGAAACAUAAAAAUAUAAAUUAUUUUCUAAUUCUUUUCACAAGGAAUAAAUAUUUUUUAAUAAAUCAAAACCUUGUCUCUCCAAACCAUACAAGUUUUCCCCCCAAGCUACAAAACCGCAGCGCAACUUUGAGAGUAAAUAAUCUUUUCAUUGUUUCGCAACCAGAGCAUGGAAUUCUUGUAAAUUAAAAUAAAAUAAAAAAAGAAAAAAACGAAAAGAAAUUGGAAAAAAUGAUGAACGCCUAAUGUCAUGGAUCCCAAUCCCAUCGUCGUCGUCGUCUUCGUUGAAUCGUAAACUCUCAUGUUGAACAAUAAGCUUCAGAACGAAUUAACUUUAAAUUUGCGGACCAUCGAAAAUAAAACUGAGUAGUGUAGCAAUGGCACAGCAUACACAACCUGUAGCUCAUCAACCUCAGCCGCAGAUGCAGCAGCAGCAGCAGCAACAACAGCAGCAGCAACAACAACAGCAGCAGCAGCAACAACAACAGCCGCCUCAGCAGACACAAAUGCAACAAACACAACAACAGCCUCCAACUCAACCGCAACAAUCUGCAACACAACAACAGGCUUCACAAACCCAACAACAGCAGCAACAACAACAAAUUGCUAGCACCCCAAAUUCCACGGUCUCCCAGCAGAAUAACAAUUAUGCACACCAUGCAAGCUCGGCUCAACCCGUAUACAACCAGAUGCAUUAUAUGCCAGGCGUCCAACCUGUUGCAGGACCUGUCUAUCCAACAAUGAUCCCAGGAGGAAUUCCCCCAAAUGUUUACGUAAAUAACGUAACUGCCAAUGUAAAUCUUCACGGAUGGACAGCUCAUCCAGUUCCUACCUAUAUUCCAGGAGGACCACAGCACUUUAUACCUGGUGAAGUGCAACCUGCUAUUGCUGAUCAGGGCACUCAAGUUAUGCAACCAAUGCAGCCGGUGCCUGUUGCUGCCCCCAACCCAGGACGCAGUGCUCGACGAGGUCGUGGAAGAAACAAUAACAACAACAAUCGCCGCAACGAUUAUGUACAACGACAACAACAGGAAAGUCCAGCUCCUCAAGAGAUCGUAAACGCUCAGACGGUUGAUCCUCAAACAAUGGCCAAUGCAGCCUACCCACAGUACGCCUAUCAAUACACGUACCCGACAUAUUUUGGAGGACCACCACAAAACCACAUGGUCCAUCCACAGGCUCAACAAGCAACAGGACCUCCGCUAUAUGUUGCCAGUCCGAUUUCAGUAUACCCAGGUCAUCAAAUCUAUAACUAUCAUCCUGGUCUAAUAUAUCCAUCGAUGAUGCAUCCGGCAGAAUAUCAAUACGAUGAGAAUGGCGAUGAUCAACGCAGUAACGAUGGAAUGAUGCCCCAAAUGUGGCAUCACCCGAUGUAUCCUGAGGAAUACGUUAACCAUGAAAUGAUUGUGCCCGAUGAUAUUAAUCACAAUGCUCCAUCUUUGGCUUCAUCCGAAACACCGAGUAUGCUAAGUCCAAACUAUCAAAUUUACGAUCCACAAAUGCAACAAACUUUGGAGCUGCAACAACAAAUGGGUGUUAUGCAUAUUUACGAUGAUCAACAACAAAUGCAACCUCAUCCAGGACAUUUGCAACAAUUGGAAGACGAUAUGUCAGACUGUUCUAUUCAGAUGCAAGGUGGUGCUAUAUUGCAACCAAUGCUGCCGCCAUUGGAACAACAACAACCUCUCCAUCAUAUCAUACAGAAUCAAAUUAUUCCAAUAGAUGCUUCAGCAUUGGAUCAAAGUGGUGGAUCUGAUCAUUCUCUUCACGAACAACAUGUGCCAAAUACCAACGAAAUUGGCCUCGAAGCAGAAAUUCCUGAGCAAUGUAUCGAAGUUGCACCUCCCCAACACCAGCAAAUGCAGCAACAACUUCAGCCUCAGCAUCCACACCAUCAUCAUCAGCACCAACAGCCACCGCAGCAGCAACCACAACAACAGCAGCAGCAACAUCAGCAACAACAACAGCACCAACAACAACAUCAACAACAACAGCAUCAACAACAUCUUCAACAACAACAAAUGCAACAACAACAGCACAUUCAACAGCAGCAUCAACAGGAACAGCAACAAAUUGUGCAGCAACCUCCACCAAUUAAUUAUCAAAAAGCUCAUCACCAUCAUCCUCCACCACAGCAACAGCAGCAUAUUCAACAAUAUGUUCCAAGUACAAACCAAAACACCGUCACAAAAGAAAAUAUGCGGGAUAUUAAUCAAAACGUGCCAAAUAGCGCUUCGCAACAUGUUUCAAAUGCAAGAAAUCAACAAAAGGAUCAUAUUAACAAUUCGCAUUAUAAUACUCACAUUGAUGAUUCACAUCAAUCGCAACACCAACAACAGCAGGCUCACCAACAUCAACAACAGCAGCAGCACCAACAGCAACACCAUCAGCAUCAUCAUCAACAUCAGCAACAUCAACAACACCAGCAAUAUCAACACCACCGCAAUAGCAACCAACAACAACAACAACAACAAAAUCCAUCUGUGCCUACAAACAGCAACGCAACUGUCCAUAAUAACGACUCGUCAGUCCAACAACUGCCAACGGCGGCGCCAAUGGUUAACAAAACAAUGUCCUGGACGAACUCCCAUACGAAAAAGAGUACCGCAUCUGUAGCGGUAACUGCCACACCAGCAUCCACACACAAACCGUUCAAUCAUCAUUCGAAGCCGUCAUCGUCGUACAACACCUCAAACAACACCCAUCAUCAACAACCGCAAGUGAAGAAUUAUGGUACAAUGAAGACUCCAUCGUCACCUGUUGCAAGCUCCAACAUCAAUAAUUUGAUGACAACCGCGCCACCACCUCAACAAGUAAAUGUUCCUCCAACCGAAAGAAAAUACAAUGGCCCAGGAACAAUGGAAAACAAAACCUCGGUAUCGACUACCUCAAUCGCUAGUUCUGUAGUUCCACAACAAUUCCAACAAAACUCGGCCACUGACUCAAAAUCCACAACAAUUCAACAACAACAAAUUAAGAAGACCGAAGUUCUUAACUUAGCCCCUCCAAUUUCAGCGAAUGCAACAACCGCUGGCAGUUCGUCAUCUUCUCAAUCGUGGGCAAGUUUAUUCGUCAGCUCAAACACUACUAACUUCACGACAUCGCUGGCAUCAAGCUCGGUAAAUCCAGCUCCUGCAUUACCACCACCAUUCUCAUCAAAGAAACCAAUUGCUAAGGUUGCACCAUACGAGGGAUUAACUCCAGUUACCCCAACUCCACCUGUUGUCACUCCUGGUGCUUUGUCUUAUUCGGCAGCUUCAGCUCAGAAUCUUCCACCACCAACUAUGAACAACAACAUCAACCAAAUGGGAACAUCGAAACAAAAAGUGUCUCCAGAGACUCUUCUGUCGACGGCGGCACAAAACAGCAACAUCGACGAAUGGUCUUAUAAGUUUGCUGAUUUGCUGACAAAAUCGAAAACAGACUUCUCGCCGGCAAGUUUGAGGCCAAGAGGUUUAACGAACCCCUCAAACUAUUGUUACAUCAACUCCAUUCUACAAGCCCUAAUGGGAUGUGCACCAUUCUAUAACUUGAUCAAGUCGAUUCCCAAACAAUUGGUUGCACUCAGUACUGAAGUUAAUACACCCACAAUAAAUGCAAUGUUGCAGUUUGCAUCCGAGUUUUCCUCAUUGCCCUCGGGAUUGCGUUUGAAUCGUCCAUUGAAACCAGUCAAAGGUAAAGAUGAAAUCGGCGCUGAAUUGCAUUGUGAUCCAGCUUUUGAACCAACUGCCAUUUAUAAAUUGUGGAACGAUAGUCGCGAAGAGCAUGUUGAAGGAAGACAAGAAGAUGCCGAGGAAUUCCUAGGCUAUGUUCUGAACAAAUUAAACGAUGAAAUGUUGGAGGUUAUUAAAUUGAUUGCAAAACCAACAGUAGAACAAAACGGAAAUGAACAAGCUCCUGACAACGAUGAAGGACAAGUCUGGCAGAUAAUCAAUAAUCGUAAUAAGGGAAUUGUAACAAGGCAAACAGAUUUUGGUAAAACACCCUUGAGUGAUAUCUUCAGAGGGGAAACGCGUUCUCGUUUGCAACGCGAAGGUGAAUACUGCACCGAUUCAAUAUCACCAUUCUUUACACUUCAACUCAAUAUUGAGAAAGCUGCUUCUGUGAGAGAAGCACUCGAAAUUCUUGUAGGACGGGAUCAACUAGAAGGCGUAACGGGAAGUAAAAGCAAACAAGAAGUUGUUGCUUGGCAACAAACGACUUUAGAGAAACUGCCUGUCGUAUUGAUAUUACACUUGAAAUGGUUCAAUUAUAGAUCUGAUGGAUGCACAAAGAUACUUAAGACCGUAGAGUUUCCAGUGGAGUUAAAAAUUGAUCCAAAAAUCCUAUCAUCAAAGAAAUACUCCCAAAAACAACGCGUCUAUCGCCUUUUCGCUGUUGUCUAUCACGACGGGAAGGAGGCAUCAAAAGGUCAUUACGUCACCGAUGUCUAUCACACAGGAUAUUCAAGUUGGUUGCGGUUCGAUGAUAGUACAGUUAAACCAGUUAGUGAACACAACGUGUUACGUCCCAGAAUUCCACGUGUACCCUAUCUACUGUAUUACAGACGUUGUGAUACAAUGCCCAAUUUACCACAAUCCGCCAAUACAACGCUUCAAGCUAAUGCCAAUGCGAAUAAGUAGUAAGAUUAAAAUAUAUAAAUAUUAAAUAUUUUAGGUUAGAGAUACAUUUUCAUAGGUGACUGCAUGGUUUUAAAAAAAAGAAAAAGAAUAAGUUUUGAGUUCAUAAAAUUAUAGAAUGUAAUUAUUAUGAAACAUUAGAAAAUAAGGUAUGUGUAAUAUUAUAACCAGUUCAGAUAGGUUUUUAUCUAAAAUAACGGGAUAUUAGUUUUUGUAUGUAUAGUUUUUUUUUUUUUUUAAUUUUUAUUUUAAGAAUCAAUAUUUUAUGUGGAUGGUAUUAUUUAAACAAUUAACAAAUAAAUAAAGAAAAGCUACAUAAAUAUGCUUUUAGCACUAGUUAGGAAUUAUUCACUGACUAACUUUAAUUAAUUGGGCAUACAAAUUAAAUACAAAAUAAUUUUGUUUUUAUAAAGUUGUUACCUAGAGUUUUACCUGCUCUAUAUUUUAUUGUUAGAAAAAGAAUUAAAUCUUUAUUACCAUUAAUGUAUCUUUAAACAAAAAAGAAAAAGCAAAAGAUAGCAACAAAAAAUAUCAUUUUUAUAAAAUAAAAUGCAAUUUUAUUGUUAAGUGAACAACUGUAUAUAGGAUAUUACAAAACGAGAAAACAAGAUCCGGGAAUUAUGAUGAAAACAUGAAGAACAUAAUUAUAUAAGUGUAUCUAUACCAUAAUAACAUAAUGGAUAUUAUGCUCUGUAAAUAAUGAAUUAUGUUGUAUUAAAAAUAGAUUUAACUUUUUACAAAAACUUAUCGAUAUCGAUUACUAAAAUACAAAAUCCAUACAUACUAAUGUCGUGUGUUAAUAUGUAUCUAGUUAAUACAUACAUAAAUAUGUAUAACACUUAACAAUUAAAUUUUAUGUAUUUUAUUUCCAAUUUCUCACAAUUUUAUUUAAUGUUCACAAUCAACUAGACUGACUCAUCAUAAAAAGAAGAGUAUAAUUUUGUUUUCCUUUUAUUUUUUUAAUUUUGCAAAAUCAAAUCAAAAUCAAACAAAAAAAAUACAAACAAUAAAAAAACAGCAAAGAUUUUAAAGCCAUUUAUUAUUAUUUUUUUGUCAAAUACAUACUUUUGUUGGUUAUCAUCAUCAUGCAACUGGUUUGCGCUAUGAACCUUGAAAAAAGUCCACUAUAUAAUUAUUAUUUGACUCACAAUUUUUGUUUCUUUUUUUUUUUUAAAGCUUAGAUAGAAUGUUAUGAAAAACACAAUUUUUAUUUUAACUAAACAAAACAAAUAUAUGUAUUUUAAUUACUAUAACAACCAAUUCAAUGUUUUUGAAAGAAUAUAAAAUGUUAUUUUACUUUGUAAACAUUUGUAUUGUAAAUAAUAAACUGCUAGAAUAAAAUGAAUACAAUUUUACUUACCAUAGCUUUUAGAAUUAACUUUAUCAGUUGAGUAUGUGUCUUCUUCUUUUUUUUCUUUAAAUUAAUUUCAAAAAUUAAAAUGUUGAAUUUUUAUUUUUAAAUUUGCUGUACAAAAAGUAAAAAAUAUAAAAAAAUAAAAAACGAUAAAAGCAUGUAAAAAAUAUAAUGUGAAAACGUAAAAGUUAAAUUAAAACAAAAAGAAAAACGAUAUAAAUGUUUUUAUUUUGUAAAUAGUCGGUCAUGCUUAAUGCGUAUAUAACACAUAAAAACAUUAAAAAAUAAUAUUAGAAGAAGAAUAAGAAGAUGUUUUGUUAUUAUCUAAUUGUUAUGAUUUUAAAGCACUUUAUCUGUUGAUUCAAGAAGAAGAAACAAACAAAAACAAACAACAACGUUUUUAUUGUGUGUUAUAAGGCGGCACUUGUAAGAUCUUUAAUUUAGUUAGACGACAGAUGACUAAAAGUCACGGAAUUUUAAAUUUGUACCGAUAUUAUUGUGUAAAGGCUUUGACAGUGCCUUAAACAAAUUAUGGGCUAAUAUAAUUAACUUACAGGUUUCUAUAUAUUAUUUUGAAAGUCAUUACUUUUUGUUUUUAGUUUUUUCUUUUUAUUUAUUUAUGUUUAUGAAAGUUGAAUUAUUUGAGUAAUUUUACUAUAUACGAUAAUGAAAUAAAAUAAUGUUUAUCCUUAUUACGGUGGUCAAUAUAAUGGGAUCAAUUAUAGGUAUCAUUGGGCAGGUUUAGACGGGACUUGAAUGUAGGACAAUGUAAUCAAGUUUAUCACAGAUUCCAUCUUAAUUGGAGACUUACGAAAUUUCGGAAAACCCUAUCACGAAAACCGUUCAUAAUGCAAAAAUGUAUGAGAUUUUCCACUACGAACGUAUCUGGUCAUAUUAUUUAUCGACAUUUGUAAAAGUUUCCGUUUGCGAUGGAAUUUGUGAUAGGGCUGAAUAUGUUAUUGUUAACUUUUAAAAAAUUGCAUUACAAUCAAGGCUUUAUUGGGAAAUUAGUCAAGUCCAUCUUUGACAACGUUACUCGUACACAGGAAUUGUUAAGAGUUGUAAGUCACUAGGUCCUAGUUCUCAAUGGACUGUUGCGCCACCUAAUUUAUUUCUUUUUUCGUGAAGAGAAAUCCCCCUUAAUUUUUAAUAAAGUUGAUCCACUUUUGUCAGCUGGUAACGUUUUUUCAUUUAUCUAAAAAGAAGAACUUUAAUUUUCGGUAAUUUACUAACUUUGUGUCUUUCUUCAUUUAAAUAUUUACAUACAAAAUUUCGUUGUAAAAUUAGAAAUGAAAUCAGGACCAUACAAAAUAAGGGAUUUGUUGCUUUUGUGAGUAGUUAAAGGUAAAUUUUGUGAAGUAAAGUUCCAAAUUUGAGUUUAAUGAAACCUGCAAAACGUAACUAGAUAUCUAGACUUACGUUCAAAGUUAAAGUCCCUGAUGCUGCCUGCCCAUUGGCUUACAUCAUUGAAACCAAUCAUUGAAAUCCCCAAACAAUUUUAUAGAAAUUUGUCAUUUUAACUGUAUAAAAAUCACAAAUAAAUUCAAUUUGUUUGACAAAAUAAAAUUAGUUGUUCAGGGAAAUAAAUUACUAUCAGGAAAAUAGUAUAAUUUUCCAGUUUAUAUUUUUAAGAUUUCUUAGACCUUUUCUCAGACAGAUUGACAAGGUUUUUUGAAUUUUUCGACUGAAUUAUUGAGAAAUCGAAUCAUACAAAUUCUGUUCACAGAUUUCUGGCAGCAAAUGUCAGCAGUUUUGUGUGAGAAUACGGAAAUCUCGGAGAUUCCAGAAAUAUAAACUGAUCAAGUGUAUUUUUAUUCAAAAAGCAAGAAAUAAUCUGCAAUUUAUUGAAUUUCUAAUCAUUGAUCAACAUAUUUUCCGUAUUGGCUUCAAUAAUAGCUAUAACUGAUCCCAAACAUUAUAAAGUUUAAAGAGAAGUCUGAAGGCAACGAGAACACCGAAGGUUCUAUUUUAUUUGAACUACGACAGCGCUGCCUUGUCCUUUUAGUCCUUUUUCUAAAGGGUUACAUCUAGUUAGCAAUCGAAAAAUGUAUUACUUUUAUUUGGAAAAAUGUUUUAUUCAUGUUUGGAACUGCUUUUUCGGAUAGUUGGUUGUGUUUCAUAAAUUUUGUUUUGUGAUAAAGUCAUUAAUGUAUCAAAUAUAAUUCCGAACCGCUAUUAAAGAAACACCGUCUUCUAUAAAUUUUACAAUAAUAAUUUUUAAUAAAAAAGUCCAAACAAACUAAGUUUUUGUUUUGUCUUAUUUAGACUUAAAUCAAAGGAUUUUGAAAAAUAUGGUCCGCUAUAGAAAGUGACAGCCUUUUGCCAUAAACAAGUAGGCAACAUUUCAAAUUUGAAAAUGCUGUUUUGAUAGAAAAACUCAGUUAAAGUUUGCAAAUCGGUCGCGCAUACAGAUCUCCAUAAAAAUAAAAAUAAAUUCAUUCAGAAUCCAUCGAAAAUUAAAAAUCAAUUUUCUCCCAAAAGUUCUAACCAGGUGUAACAUCGUACCCCCCCCACACACACAUUUAUUUUAAAACGACUUCCGUAAUGAGAGUAAUUGGCAACUAAAACGAUAUUGAUUAAGUUAUUAUUUGCUUAAUGUAUUUUAUUUGUAAAGUUUAUAAUUUGUUUUUAAUAAACAAAAGAUUUUACUACUUUGCUGGACAAUGACAAUACUAGUUUAAUUAUAAUUUUUAAUUUCUUUGAAGUGUUUCCUCUUAAUCAAACCUUAUUUUUUAUAUUCAUUUUAAGCCUUUUUUUCAAUGAACAUUUUAAAAUAAAUUUUUUAAAAUUCUUACAAAAUCGCUUAAGAAAAUCUAAUAAAAGGCAAACAUUAUUUAAGAUCUUAAAAAUGUAUUUAUAAGCUUUAAGGUUUAAAUUUUGGCAUUACUUUUUUUUAGCACACGUACAUGAUUGUGUUUUUAAUUUAACAAGCAACAUAAACAUACCCUUUUUUAUAUUUCAACCGUAAUUUAAUCGGUAAAAAGCCUUAAUUUAGUACAAAACUUAUCUAAUACCUUGAGAAUAAACAAGAAAAGCCUUUUAUUUUCUUAUCUUCUAUUACAUUUUUCUUUAAUAAACAAAAAUUCUUUCCGACUGUUUUCAAAUAUUUAUUAUAUUAUAUAUAUUUUUAUUUUGCUUAAAAUUAAAAUACUAUAUAUUAUAUACAUGCUAAACAUGAAACAAACAAAAAUUAAACUAAAUGAAUAAAAUCAAAGCUUACUUGAAAAGUAAAACAAAAACAAAACAAAAUAAAAAAAAAUAUUAAUUAUUAUUAAGGCAUAAAUCCAGAAUUAUUAUAUUAUAUGUAAACAUUCAUAUUUAUAUGUUAUAAAUAUAAGCUGAAUUAAAAAAAAAUAGAUUAUUAUAAACAAAAACAAAAAAACAUUAAACAAAUAAUAAAUAUUUAUGUAUUAAAAUAGUCCUUAUAUAAUAUUCAAAGAAAUUAAUACAAAAAUAUAAAUCAUCAAAAAUAUAUUAAAUUAAAAUUAAAAAACAAAUUAUUUUACUAUUAAAUAAAAACAACAAAAAAAUAUAUAAAUAAAGGAAAUAGAAACAAAAAACAAAAAAUAUUUAAGAUAAUGUGCCAAUCUAAAAUAGAAGUCUACUGAAUUAUAACUGAAGAAUUGGUAAAUUUGCAUGAGUGUAUAAACUUUUUACUUUUAUAAAAUAAAAACAAAGAAGAAAAAAAUAAAAACAAAAUAACGUGCAAAACAAAUUAAAUAAGGUUAACUAGCAACGGCAAUGUCAAAAGAGAAUUAAAAAAAAAUAAACAAAAAAAAAAAACAAAAAAACAUACGAAACAAUUUAUUUAAAUAGGUUUAUUUUUUUGUAAUAAAUAUAAGUCGAUUGUUUAAAAACAGUUAUACAUCAAUAUUAUACAUAAAUAAAUAAAAAUAAAAAAAUAAACUUUAAUAUACAUAAAUCAAUAGAAAUAAAAACCGUUCCUAACACGAAGCAAAACUAGCAUACAAAAUAAAAAUGGAACAUUUUUGCUACGAGAACUAAAUUAGAUACAACAAAAUAAAUAAUAAUAUCUUAAAUUAAAUAACAAAAAAAACUAUAUAUACAUAAUAAUAAAGUUAAUAUUAUUUCUUUUGUUUGUUUUAAGUUUAAAUAUAAUUGUAUUGUAUGUGUAAUUUUUGUUUUUGAUUUGUUUAAUAGAGAGUUGUGGUUCUUGUGUUAAAAAUGGUUAAAUAUUAAUUCUAUUUUAUAAUGUUUUAAUUAUUAUUAUUAAUUUUAAAUUGUUAAACAAAAAAAAAAAACAAAAAAAAACAAAAAUCGAAGUGAUAUAAGUUGUUGGUGUAAAAUGAUUUAUUUAGUUUAUUUAUUUCCAAGGAAAGAGUUAACUAAUGUUAUAAUUUUGGUGUUUAAAAAAAAAUGUUAUUGGCUUUUUUUGAACAUCGACUAUAGUAGUUUUUUUUUUUUAAUUAAUUUGGCUUGCUUAUAAACUAUUUUUGUUUACCUUAUGUUUGAGCCCUAAGAACAGUUAAGGUUAUUGAUUACCUUAGAAGAUUUGGGUGUAUUCAUAAAUGCAGAAAAUCUAUGCUGUACAAUCGUAUUUCUUUUCUGAUGCAUUUUUUGUGAACGCAAUCUUAAUGCAGAAUGUUUUCAGUAGACAAAAAGGUUUGACUUAGUUCGACUUGUAUGUAAACAGAGUUCAUAAACGUCAGAGAAAAAUGGCUGCCAAUCAAAAUUUGAUGAACUUGAUUUUUGAUUGGCUUACCGAAAAAGAAAAGAAAUUUAUAAUUAUUUCUGCAGCCAACCAAAUUCAGCUGGCAAAGUCUGCCCGACGCUGACGGCAGUCUGACGUUUAUGAACGGUAGGUGCUGCAGUUCGACUAGGUUAGCUCGAUCGAAAAUCUGACUUUAUGAAUGCAGAUAACACAGUUCUUAGUUAGGCUGACGUUUAUGAAUACAUUCUUUAUUUCAUUUAAAUAAUAACUGAUUAAGGUAGAGUGUUUUCCUAAAAGUCGGAAACCAUCGUUAGUGAAAUCGUUGUUUUGCUUUGUUGCAUUAAUGAACACACUUAUUCUGCAGAACGUGCUUAAGUACGAUUUUAAAUAGUCACACAAUGUUCAUAAUUAUCACACAAUUUUUUUUGAUAACCAAGAUCUCAAAGGAAGAAAAUGUUUCUACUUCCUUAAUUUUAAAUCCAUAAUGAAUUUUUCCAGACCUGAAAUAUUUGUCCAUGAUAAUUCAUCUUGCGAUGAUAAUAAGCUUUAUUCAAAGCAGGAGCUUCUUUUUCCACUUUAUAUUUCACUUUUAACUCCUGUGCUUUUGCAAUAAAAAAAUGGAUGUACAAUCUGCGCGAUAUGUUCUGCAAUUCAUCUACGUUUUAUCGAUCGCAAAUCUGACUUUAUGAAAAUGUUUAACGCAGGUCUAAGUUAUUCAGACGUUUAUGAAAACACCCGUAAUUGCCACAUUUUAAACAAAAACUUCAUUUUAAUUUCCUUAAACAAAAUUCUUACAUUUAUUUUUCAAUCGAAUUUCAUAAUAAAUUACGUUGAUCUAAAUACAUUAAAGAUUCACACCGUUAAAGAAAAUGGGAAAAAGUGGACAGAUUGACUUUGGCUGUGUUGUAAUACUUUGAGAGUUUCAGUUUUUAAAUUAAAAUAAAUACAAGAUUUUUACUUCUUUUCUCUUGUUUUAAUUAAAAAUUAUAUUAUUUUCUAUAUCAGCCGACUUAAUUAGUUUUUAUUUAAUCAGAGACAUUUUAUGUUUUACUAAUCAUAUCAUUCCAUUUAAAGUUAUCUUAUAUUCUAACAAACCACAUGACAAUUUUUUCUUUUUUU